AUGACGGUGCGAUGGAGUCGUUACUCUGGCGCCAGCUCCUACAAAAUCACCGCCACACCAAAGAACUCUCCUCAACCGUCCGCAUUCGCUCAGUUUAGCGGGAACUCUGUCAUGGGCUCUGUUAACUCUCUCUCCGCCAACACGAUGUACACCAUGCGGGUCGAGGCCAUUGACAAAGCGGGCAACAUCCUGAGCAGUGCAGAGUUGGACGGAAGCUCAUCCCCCGAGGUACCUAACAUUAAGCAGACAUACUCCAAGAAGAGCGACAGAAUCAGUGUGGAGUUCAGUGAGGUGAUGGGGGCGAGCGGCUACAUCCUGCGAGCUGAGUCUGAGGUGGGAGACUUCUUCUCAGAGACCGCGGUGACCAGCUCCCCUGGCACCGUGCUGCAGCUGCAGCCAUACACAGACUACACCCUCAGUGUCAUGUCUGUCAACAGCGCGGGACGCAGCCAGCCCUCAGCACCCGUCCAGAUCAGAACGGUGGUGGUGGCCCCACAGCUAAACACCACCUCUCCCAGAAAUGACACCAUCCUGGUGACCUGGUCCCCGGUCAACGACACGGUCCUCUACACCCUCUGCAUCAUCAAGGAGGGCUCCAACUCUCGCCUCAAACUCAACACCAGCGACCCAUUCAUGACCUUUGAUGGCCUGGAGCCCGGUACCACCUACUGCAUCAAGGGCACAGCCUGGGACCUGGACGGUCGCCCCGGAGACGACCUCACUGUGUGUCAGAUCACCCGUCCUCUCAGCCCUGAGGCCGUCCAGGUGUUUUUGACCCAGACCAGGUCUGGGGGUUUGGCAGUCUACUGGCAGAUGGUGCAUGGGGCAGACGUCUACUUGGCAAGGACCUCUACUGGUCAGAACUGCUCUGCCUCAGAGAGGUUCUGUAUGAUCAGCCCACUGAGCUGCGGGCAGAACCACAGUGUGACUGUUACUGCCGAGAACAGCGCUGGAACCAGCAACCCCUCUGACCCUGAGGAAUUCAUCACAUUCCCAUGCCCUGUGGAGAGAAUCUGGGUAGAUGAGCACCAGGCGGGCAGCUGCUGGGUGUCGUGGACUGAGAUGCCCCUGGUGGAGUACUACAUCGCUUUUGUCAAGAGAGACGACGGGUCUGAGGAGCGCUGUAACACCACUGACACCACCUGUCACUUCUACUGCAUGUGUGGCUACACCUACCUCAUCACCAUGUUCACCUACAACCAGGCUGGCUCCAGUCCACCGGGAGACGUGUUCAACUAUACCACCAUUCCCUGUUGCCCAGAGGACGUUACCAUAGCACUGGUGUCCACGGAGACCCUGGAGAUCAUGUGGUCGUCGGUGCGGGGGGCGGAGCUAUACGAGACGACGGCGGAGGAGAUUGAUGAUGUCAUCCACUGUAAGGACACGGCGCCUGUGUGUGCUCUGUCCAACCUACGCUGUAACACACAGUACAGUGUGGUGGUGACACCAUGCAGCGAAAUACGAGGCUGCAACCGCACCUGCAAACCUCACACACAUGAGACAGCUCCCUGUUCUCCAGAGAUCCUGAGUGUAUCUCAGACCAACUCAUCCUCGAGUGUCAGUGUCUUGUACACGGCCCCCAACACCCCCAACACCACCUACACUGUCACAGCCGUGGGCCUCACUGACACACACACCUGUCAAUCACUCUCCACCUCUUGCCAGCUCACACAGCUUCCCUGCGGAGCCACCUAUGAUGUCACAGCGUAUGCCAGGACAGCAGUGGGGCCAAGCCUGUCCAGCUAUAGCGUGCCCCUGGAAACAGGUCCCUGCUGCCCCCACACCCUGACAGUAGACCAGGUGACCCAGGCCAUGACCAACGUCACCUGGUCCCCCGCUACAGGGGCGCGCUCCUAUGUCACGGCGCUGACAUCAUCUCGGGGACACGCCAAGUGCCACACCAUGGACACACACUGCCUUAUGGGAUGCAUCACCUGCGGGACCAACUAUAGCGUGAGCCUGGAGGCCAUCAGCAGGACAGGCCACAAGGCAGAAUGCAGAUAUCAUGGGUUCUCAUCCAGCGCCUGUUGUCCAUCGAGUGUCAAGCUCUACCGGAUGGCCAACAGAACUCUGAGGGUGUACUGGCACUCCUCGGGCCCCCAGAACCACACGGUGAACCUGAUUGGGACAGGCACCAACCACACCUGCAUCUCCCCGCCCCUCAGCAGCUCCUGUGAUGUGGCCAAGGUCAUGUGUGGGGACGUCUACACCAUGGUGGUGGCACCUGUCAAUCAGGAUGGGAGCAAAGUCACAUUCUGUCCCGGCAGGAUCUACUCUGUGUCCUGCUCCGGAAGCAAUGUAGGAAUGGUGAUCUAUCGGGGAAAGAGAAGUGUCGAUUAG